AUGAAGUUCUCCCUCGCAAUUCUUUGCAUAGCUGCCAUGGGUCUUGCUGCUCCAGUGGCUGAGCAAGAAAGCACUAUUGAGAAACGCUGCGAUCGAAAGCAGUUUUCCCAGUGCAUCUUGGCUUAUAACAUCGGCUGUGCUGGUCUACCUGCGGCAGGCGUUGGAGCUUGCCUUGGACAAUCUUCAAAUGCUUGCAGGGAGGUGAGCGGUCAGGGAGACUGCUAA